UUCAGUUUUAGAUAACCUAAAAAAUAAAAUUGGUAUAUCUGGAACAGGAACAAAACAUAGUUAAAACUGUUUGUUAAUUUAAAAAAAACUAAUACAUAAUGAAUACCGUCAGGAUAAUUAAAAAUAUUCCUUUUCGCCAAUGGCGAACAUUUUCAAGAAGUUCUGUUAUAAGACAAGAGGUGAGCGAAGCCAUCAAACCUAUUACCAUUCCACCACCUGAAGGUGUUGACAAACCAGCAUCACCGAAGAUAGAGAAGAUCGUAGCGGAUAUAACAAAUCUUAAUUUAUUGGAAGUAUCAGAACUCAGCCAGGUAUUGAAAAAGAGACUGAACCUUCCUGAUGCACCUGCUAUGCCUAUCGGUGGGUUUGCGAUGGCAGCACCCGCAGCCCAAGAGGAAGAGGAGGCUACGCCCAAAGCUGUUAAGACUAACUUUACAGUUAAAAUGACAAAGUUUGAUGACAAACAAAAGGUGGCGCUAAUCAAAGAAGUCAAGAGUCUUCUGGAAGGAUUUAACUUGGUGCAGGCCAAGAAAUUUGUUGAAAGUGUACCUACAGUUGUGAAGGCCGACAUCUCUAAGGAUGAGGCAGAGAAACUGAAAGAAGCAUUAUCCAAAGUUGGAGCUGUUAUAGAAAUUGAAUAGAUGUAAUUAUAUAGUUUUAGUUUGUUUAAUAUAAAGAUUAAUUGUAGA